CCGGAGGCGCGGUUCUGGUUGCAGUCAUGGCGCCCAAACCGACGCCCAUUCCCGGUGGUCCUAAGCUCUCUCGCGCGCCCACGCCAGGUAUCCAGAUCAUGGUGGUGUUACCCGGAGGUGACAUCAUCGUCGGGGAAAUGGGGGGUACACUGCGGGCGUAUCGGCAGCUGGAGAAGAAGUCGGAGGAUGGGCGGCCGAUCUGCGCCCCUCCACCACGCGCCCACGGAACAGUCAAGUACACCCACCCGAAGGACCCGACGCAGCCACUCCUGUCGCAGAUAUGGUCAGUAGCGGUCGGGUCCACCAUCACGUCCCUGAGCCUGGUGGGUGACCUGCUGGUGGUGGGGACGGCGCAGUCGGAGAUGCACGAGCUGGUCCUGCCCUCCACCGACGACUCCAGCAGCGGCGGCGCGAGA